GUGUUCCUACCGUAAUUCUUAAACACCCUUCACAACCAAAUUCAUUAGAAUACAAUGUUUUUCUCACUAUCAAAUACCUAUUAACUUUUUAUCUACUAAUUAAACAUUUCAGACUAGGCAUGUGUAUGGCUGACCCAAAAAUAAUUCGUUUAAUGAAUAAUGCUAAAGCACCAUAUAACAUCAGUGCUUUAACAUCUCAUGUUGCACUCAAUGCAUUAUCAUUACAAAAUAUAGAAAAAAUGCGUGAAACAGUUUGUAAAAUUCUUGCAGAACGUGCUAAACUUAUGUCAUCUAUUACUAGUAUAACUGGUAUUGGCAAGAUAUUAGGCGCAAAUGAUGCCAAUUUUAUUCUUGUACAAGUUUUAGAUAAAGCUUGUGAAAAGCCAAGUAGCAAGAGAGCUCAAUGGAUUUAUAAAGAAAUGGCAGAACGUUUAGGAGUAGUAGUCAGGUAUCGAGGUAAUGAAUUUGGUUGUGAAGGGUGUUUAAGAAUUACGGUAGGAACACCUCAAGAAAAUGAAACAUUGUUAGAAAACUUGAAACAAUUAUUGGAAGGAACUUCUACUAAAUCUAAUUAG